UUCAUGAUGGAUCUGUAAGGAUGAACUCGGAGGACGUUUGGAGACGUUUCUGCUGUGAAAAUCCCGUGAGGAACUGAAGAAUCACUUCGUCCAGGAAUUAAACACACGUGAACAUCAUGGAUCUUUCAUUCAUGGCUGCGCAGCUUCCGGUGAUGAGCGGCGCGUUCAUGGACGCGUCUCCGCUGGACGACUGCAGCACAGAGCACUCGCUCUUUAACUCCUCGGCCAGCGUGAACGCAGCGCCUCCUGCAUCAUCAGCACCGGUCCAGCAGGAGGAGCCGCAGCGCGUGUCCAGCGACGCCGUCUGGCUCUGGAUCGCCAUCAUCGCCACCGUCGGAAACAUCGUGGUGGUCGGAGUCGUCUAUGCUUUUACUUUCUGAGGACCGAA